UCUGGAGCUCCGAUGCCUGUUUUUGCGACCAGGAAACCCCCAAUGAUCACAUAGUUGAUCUCGUCACUAUCAGAGGUCUGUUGCGGAGUGAACGAACCGCCUGAAAUUUUCAUUACACUAUACGAUCAAGAGAGAUGGGUCUUCAGGCCCAAAUCAAUCCAUCAAUAUGAAGCUCCAAACGGCCGCCGCUGCCAACAUCAUCAUUCCUCGAGCCCUCGCAUCCCAGCAAAUCAGGCCACUGAUCACAUCGAGGAGAUGUUACGCAACCAACACGAGCGCCAACGAUAGUAGUGCAUCUCAACGAAGGAGAGCUGUGACCCCGUUCAACGAUGAUGGUCGCGUACCCUGGACUGAGCUCUCCGGCGGAGAGAAGACGUCGCGUGCUGUGCAGCAGACCUUCAACUUUGGAAUGGUUCUUGUAGGAAUGGCUCUGACGGGAGGAAUUGGUUACCUACUCUACUCAGAGGUCUUCUCGCCUGAUUCUAAAGUAGCAUACUACAACCGAGCUGUCGAUCGCAUUCGCAAAGAUCCACGAUGUUUGGAGCUCCUGGGAGAUUCCAAAAGCAUAACUGCUUUCGGGGAGGAGACAAGCAAUAAGUGGAGGAGAGCAAGGCCGAUCGCCUCGACAUUACGGAGAGAUGCGCAGGGAAAUGAGCACAUGAUGAUACAUUUCAAUCUGGAAGGCUCCAAGGGGCGGGGCAUGGCGAACAUUCACCUUGUAAAGCGUGUUGGCGCCGAUGACUUCGAGUACCGAUAUUUUUAUGUUGAUGUGGUGGGGCACCAAAGAAUUUAUCUCGAAAAUUCCGAGGCCAAGGGCCGCGAUGGAUCCGGGAAGAAGACCAUCUUUGGGAUCAGAUGGUCAUAAAGGCAUACAUGGCUACUCCUUGGUAGCCCUAGAGCAUCAUUGUUCCGGUGGCUCGGGAGCCGUGACGAAUGAAUGUCGGAGUUUGUUGGACAAGCCGCCUUGUCUCCAGAGAUGGUCAAGCGGCUUACUACAAUCUCAUAAGCUCAUGCAUGUAUCGACUGCUCAGAACAUGGCGUCUUGACUACCAGCUCACCCAGGAUAGUCAUGGACAGCUGGACUAGGAUAACCAGGGCAAGUCAUGUACACCAUAUCGGGGAUAUUAAAAGUAUAAUGGAAGA